AACAAAUAACAAAACAGAAUCGUGUUCGCGCACAUGUUUUAUUGUAAUUUUGCUAGUUAUGUGUAGAAGAAAUAUUCCAAGAAUCUGAUAAAAACGAUCGUUGCAGAUUGGGAUGGCUAUCAAUAAAUUUAAAACGCAUCAGAAAAAGAUUUCGAAAACAAAUGAUCAUGAUUCAGCAUCCAAACAGCAGAAGAAGAAGAAAAUUGUGUUUACGGACGACGGUGAACAGCUUGAGGUUCCGGUUGAUGUGACGGUUUCGACCAACGAGACCGAUCAAAAGCCAAAAAGUAAUAAGAAAAUUAAAAGUGAUAAGCAUUUGCCUAAAUUUCUACAAGAAAAUGGAGAUACAAUUGAAAAACGCUGGUACGAGCAUUUCGACGGUUACAAUACGACCGGCGAACUAAUCGAGCUGAAGGACACAGAAAUAUCCGAACUGCGGAAGCUUUGCAAAUCGGCCUUCGAUUCUGAAUGUCGCAAUCUAAUGAUACAGAACCCACAGGAUGCGAAGUGGUUACUGACGGCUCUGGAUAAAGGAACCACACGGGAUCGAGCGAAUGCGGGUGCACUGCUGGUACAAACCAAUCCGUUGUGCAACUUGCAAGCCUUUGAAACGGUAGUCGGAAUGGUUAAACUAUCCAACAAUGGUCACUUGGAAGUAGUUGAAGUGCUGACGGAGUUGAUGCUGAACUCGAUUAUGCCUGCGUUUAGGAAGCUGAUUUCUUUGCCAUUGCGAGGGGCAGACUGGAAGAAUAUAAAGAAGCUGGACAUCGACAGAACGUUGCGAGAUCGUAUUUUUGCAUACUGGCAUUUCGAAGACGCCCUGCGAGAUGUUUAUUUCGCUUUUCUGAACAAUCUUUCCGCAUUGAUUCAAACCGGUCAGGACAAUACCAAGAUGAAGGUGAUUCAGUUUGCUUCGAAAUUGUUCACGAUGAUACCGGAAAAAGAAGCCUAUCUGCUGUCCAUGUUGAUUAAUAAGCUCGGAGAUCCAGGGAAAAAGGUCGCUGUGAAAGCUUUAUACCAUUUGUCUGAGGUCGCUAAAAAGCAUUCGGCGAUGUGUCCGGUGAUUGUUGCGGAAGCGGAGAAACUGCUGUUCCGAAAUAACAUUUCUGCUAGUGCACAGCACUACGGUUUAAGUUUUCUAGCGGCGAUUAGCAAUUAUGGCGAUUUCAGUUCGUGCGAUAAGAUGAUUAACAUUUGCUUUUCUUUCUUCAAAAUUCUAACUCAGAAGGGUGAAGUUAACUCGAGAACCAUGCAAUCCAUUUUGACCUGCCUUCGGAAGGCUAUCGGAAACGUGAAACGGGACGUUGAUAUUGCAAAUUUCGUAAAACCGGAGGUACUGGAUACGGUAUAUCGAUUGAUUCAUUUGGCGGAUAUUUCCAUCGCAUGUCAGGGACUUUCGUUGCUACUGGAGAUCACCGAAUCGAAGGGACCCGAACAGAAUCGAUUUUACAAUGCGCUCUACAGGAAAUUACUGGAUCCCCAAAUCGCCACGAUUGGGCCCCGAAUAACGAACAUCUUUUUCUACAUUCUUCAUAGAGCCAUUCAGAACGAUCCGAUUCCGGAUCGAGCUCAGGCUUUCAUUAAACGGCUUCUUCAGAUUGCUUUCUACUUCCCACCGGCUCGGGUUUGCGGUGUUUUAAUUAUCAUAAAUAAGGUUCUUCGAAAGCGGAAGAACCUUCGUCUGGACGGUUUGGAUCCUUCGUUAGCUGAAAAUAAACCGGAAGAAGACGAGGAGCCGUCUGAGGUAGCGGGACAGAAAGUUAAAACCGAAAGCAAUCGUCAAGUUUCCCGGUACGACCCGUUCCACCGAGCGUCGGAGUUUGCCGGUGCCAAAUACUCCCUGAAGUACGAACUCACUCGAUAUUUGGAGUAUUUUCAUCCGACUGUGAGAAGUUUUGCUCAAAGUAUUAUCGAUAAUACACCUCUAACCUACUACGGGGACCCACUGAGAGACUUUUCUCUGGGACACUUUUUGGAUCGGUUCGCAUUCAAAAAUCCGAAGAAACCAAAAACGGAACUAAGUGAAAACGGAGAACCGGUUGCUCGUAAGAAGAUACUGGGGGUGGCCCAGCGGAAGGGUGAUUAUGUGCCAAGCGGCUCCCGAGGCCUACCCGUACAUUCGCUGACUAGUGAUCGUUGCACCGAGGACGAGCAAUAUAUCUUCCGUUUCCUGGAGCAAAAACGAGAACGAAUUCGGGAGGCCAAAGAACUUGCUGAUGCUAAGAAAGCAAAAGCUGGUACCACGACAGACGAAGAUGUGUCGGAUGCGGAAUCGCUCGAUGACGAUGAGUUUGAUUCGUAUCUCGAUCGGCUCGGUAUUGCUGGCGGAGACGAUGAUGCAGCAGAUUUAGACGUAGACUUUAUGAAUGAAUUCGAGCAGGAUAUAACCCAGAAAGCUGGAAAGAAGAAGCGCAAGAGUACUGCGGAUGAGGAUGACGACGAGGAAGAGUUCGGUGACUGGGAGGACACUAGGGAUGUGGACGAUGGGGAUAACGAUGACGAUGACGAAGAUGAUGGCUUUGAAGAAGAUGAAUUUAGUGAUGGUGGUAGUAUUUCGCUAGAUGAAGACGGAAGCGAUGAAGAGGAGGACCUGGACAGCGGUGAGGAUGAACUGCAACCUGCCAAGUCCAGAAACCAAAAGCGCAAGAGCGAUUCUACUGUAAACGACAAGGAGUUCCAGAAGAAAUUGAAAACGAACGAUUUCAACUCGUUAUUCGCAGCAGCUGAUGAUUUCUCGGAAAUGCUGGAAAAGAACGUCAGCUCGAAGGAUACGUUCCAUGGAACAUUGGGUGAAAUCUUUAACAAGGACAAUGCUUCCACGAAACAAAUGGCUUGGGAACAGGCUCGUUUCAGCGGAAAGAAUCGGAUGCAGAGUGGAAAGAAGCGCUUCGUGAGCAAGAAGCAUGGUUCGUCAGGCGGCGGUACGAAGGAAAAAAAGUUUGUUAAAGGAGGCACCAAGAAACCGUUCACCAAAUCAAAGAGUGGUCUCAGUAAAGUGGGAGGUAAGCGAAAGAAGUAAUAUAGCGUUUCUAUGUUCGACAA